AUGGCAUCAAAAGAUGAGAAAUCGAAGCAGGACGUGAACAAAAUAGUGGACCUAAGUAACACGGUCAGCGGCCAGGUCAGAGUGACCGCCCACCUCAUCGGGCAGGCACCAGCCUGUGCUCCUAGCAGUCGGGCCGUGCUGCGUGUUCUAGCACCAAGAUGGCUGCGCUUUCUAAGAAGUUGUCUUCGAGGUCGUGACACUUACUUAGGAAUCAGAGGACAAAGUCCCCUCACGAUGUUUCUUAGUAAUGACACCAGUCCGGAGGAAGGCGGGGCGGCGGCGGAGUCUCCCGGGUGUUCGCUGCCAGAAUUGUAUGCUUCUGUCGAGGACUUUAUUAAGGAGAGCAAGAAAUCAAAUCUCCCCAAAACUCACAGUAUUUCACCGAACAAAGCACAGAAAAUGCUUAGUCAAAACCUGAAUGCCAUGUCAGUUAGUGGAACCGACGACGUGAGGGAAGGAGACGCCCAGCCUCUUUUCGUGUGCAAGGUGGUGAGAAGAGAGGAGGAGAAACCAGACUCUAUGACCGAAAUCCUGUACCGAAGCUUGUUGACACCCUCGCUGUCUCCGGUAGAGAGACUCACCAAAUCCCAGCAGAGGCUCUUCCGGCAUGGGAUUCCUCCUCCCGCACACACUUUUCCCUAUGAGAUUCUCAUCGAACACUCCAAAUCCUCAUCACCAGUCCCUGUCCCCGUAAAGGAGAAGACUCAGGGUGCCAACACAUUAGGCAUGCUGGGCAUUUCCAGGAUCAGGCCAGAAAAUUUUGUCUUUGCAGACAGAAUUGCUAAGUACUUCUUAGUUAAUCCAGAGAAACAAUUCAUGGAUCUAAGGGAUCUGGAAUGGAGAUACUACAAGGGGCUCACGUCAUGGAAGCACGGUACUAAAGAUCCAUUCAUAGACAUAAAAUACGACAGUGAGAAGAGAUUUGUGGACAGCCAGCAGAUGCCUGGUGUCAUUUGCCCCCCUGUAGUUUGUAGGUCUUUAUUCAUUUACCCUCAGGUUGAUUACCCCCCCAAAAUGCGGCUUCUUCUUAAAUGAAAUAUGUUGUUUAUUAAAAUACUUUGGACAUGGGU